UUCUUGCACAAAUGGAUUAUAAAUUGGUAUAUAAAUGCGCGUGUCUACAAGGUUAAAAAAAAUACAUUAAUAUAUUACAAAUUUAGGUCACAGAGAAAGUAUCUAUUUUGUGCAACGUGAAUCAUACAUGAAAUUUGCAUGUGACUCUUUACUUGAAUAGAAUCUUUUAUUUCUUGACUACUUAUUGUAUACCAACAAUAUCAUUAAUCUUUCUAUUGUGCUGUUAGACAUAUACAACCUUUUUAUCAAAUUAUUUCUUGUUUCGUUUGUCUGCUCACUUGGGCUCACUCUGUGAAAUUAAUAAAUCUAUUUUGUGUGUAUGUUUUCUUUAGAGAAACUUUGCUUCAUUAAAGAACAAAUUGUAACCGUUUUAGUCAUAGAGUUAUGAUGACAUUUAUGAGCCAUUAUAUGAAUGUUGCUCUAGGCGGCUCAAGAGAAAUGGAAGGGAAGAUAUAAAAGAAAGUCUGCCCCAAGACUUCCAAGUUUACAGUUUCAUUCCGUCCACGAAGGUUUAGUCCGGCAAUAAGAGCAUUUCUCUUUAUCAAAAACUUAACGAUAAUAUGUGCCCUGUUUUAGAAACAAAGUGAUGAAAUGAUUUAGAAUUAAAGAAUAUUGAUGUCUAACAUAGUUGUGUUAUGUACUUUUAAAAUGUGAUACAGAAAUGAUUGCAAAGUUAUUGAGAUAAUUGAAAUAAAGCUCAAAAUAAUUAUUUUAGACGGAGUGAUUAAUUAACGAAUAGUGAUAAUUAACAAAUAUUUCCUUAUUACUUUAAAAAGAAUAUGAUUAUUAAAAUGCAAAAAGUGUAUCUAGAAUAUGCUUUUCUAACUACGUAUUCAUUAAAUCAAUAAUUUAAUUAAGGUAAAUUGGAAGCACAAUUACAUUGAAAGUACAAUUACAUUAAUUUAACAAAGUUCUACAAAAAUGCAGUUAUCUAUGGUUAUUGUGCUUUUUGGCUUACUGCUGGAUUUAAUGGAAUUUAAUGAAACUUACAAAAUUAAGCCGUAUAAAUACUACAAUCCUCAUUCGUGGCGACGUCCACGAUGGCACUCACUUCCAAAACACCGGAAACGUUAUCAUCCCAAAAGAAUACCAUCACACAAGCAUCACCAUUACCAUGAACCAGAGUAUCACAGAUAUGCACCGUAUCAUGAGGAUUCGGUGGAUACGUCUGACCACGAUAAACCUUACGUUAUAGUCAUACAACUUCCACACAAACAUGAAAAAAAGAAAUAUCGUUCCUAUCAACGAAAGCACGUUGUAGAUCCUCCGCAAAAUAAUGAUGAUUAUAUUGACGACGCCGAUGAAGUGAAAGUGUACAAGCUGAAUAAUUAA